AUGCGUUCCUCGUACACCAAUCUCGCGAAGAUGAGGAAGACUCUCUUGCAGUAUGAGAUGCGCGCGAGGACAUCCAACAAGCCGGGGAGCGGAGCCAAGCCCAAGCCAAUGGGGAGAAGCUGUCGGGCAGCAUUCAUUCCCAUCCUCAAAUCCAAAUGCCCGUCGAUUGAGCAGACAACGCGAGGGACCCACCAAUACGGCCCAACCGACCGGCACAUGCUCGACGUCAAGCUGUCGCAACACCCUGAUCCUCGCCUUCUACCCCGCCCCCUCAUCCAUUAUCUACUACAACUCGGCUCCUUCUUUGCCUCCCGCGGAUUCAUCACCGUCGUCCCUGACUACUGCUUCGUCGACUCUAGCGUGAAGUUCCCUGGUACGGCGCAGGAUAUGCGAGAUGCAAUACGGUGGGUUAUGGAUAACCUCUUGAGGGUGUCGUACGACGAGUUUGUCGCCAAAGGGCAUAAUCACGUCAGCUUGAUGUUCGCGCUUGGGACUAGGCAGGGCGAGGAAUGGGCAGAGGACGCAGUCAAGUGGAUUCAUGCACGCCGCGAGCCGCACUAACCGUGUCAUCCUUUUCUGAUACAACGCACUUCAUCAUAUCGCUUUGCCAGGCUUAAAAGAGAUUCAGUUAGGUUUUCUGGAC